AUGGCCGACAAAUCCCGCUUCUACCUGGAGCAGUCCAUCCCAGAACUGCAAGAGCUCGAAAAGAAGAAGAUCUUCACAAAAGAAGAAAUCUCCGCAAUCACCAAAAAGCGCUCCGAGUUCGAGCACCGCAUCAACUCGCCCGCCCCCAAGCCCACCGACUUCACCCGCUACGCCGAAUACGAAAUGAACCUCGACUCCCUCCGCCGCAAGCGGCAAACCCGCCUCGGCGUCAAUUCGCGCUCCCACGCCGGGCAGCGCCGCAUCUUCUUCCUGCUCGACCGCGCAACCCGGCGCUUCCCGGGCGACCUGGGGCUGUGGAUGCAGUACAUUGCGUACGCGCGCAAGGAGCGCAGCAGCAAGGUGCUGGCCAAGGUGUUUGCGAGCGUGCUGAAGCUGCAUCCGGCGAAGCCGGAGCUGUGGAUCUUUGCGGCGAGGCAUGCCGUCGAGGUGAAUGCGGACGUGACGGAGGCGAGGGGGCAUAUGCAGCGCGGGCUGAGGUUUUGUAAGGGCAGUCGCGAGCUGUGGUGGGAGUAUGCGAAGCUGGAGUUGGUGUUUGUGGCGAAGGUGCUUGCGAGGCGGAGGAUGCUGGGGAUUGAUGGUGCGCCGGCGCCAUCUGACGAGGAGCAGAAGCAGGCGGAGGCAGAGGCAGAGGCGGCGAUGGACUUGGACGACGACGAGAUCAAGCUGCCGACUGUGAGCGCGGACGAGCUGAGCGGGAAGCCGCGGAAGGACCAUCUUGUUGAUGCGGCGGCGCUGGAGGACAUUGCAACGAACCCGGCGCUCAAUGGCGCGGUUGUCGGCGCGAUCUUUGAUGCUGCGGUGAAGGAGUUUCCCGGGGACAUGGCGUUCGUGAGGGGCUUUUGGGACCUGGUGAUGGGCUUCGAGACGCUGCAUUGUCGUGGGGCGCUGCUGGAGCGCGUGGUGGUGCAUGUGCUUGAUGUUGCGCCGACAGAUGCUGAGAUGUUGAUGCUGGGGGUGCAGCUACCGGUUGUGGGCGUGUCGGUUGCGAACCCGAUCUUUCCGGCGCGACUAGGGACGGUGCUGGAUAAUAUGCGGGAGGCGGCGGAGAAGGCCGUGCCCAGGGGGGUGCUGUAUGAGAGGUUUGCGACGUUCAUGGUGGGGCUGCUGAAGAGUGCGAUGGAGGAGGAGGGCGCGGAUGAGGGUGUGAAGACGGUCAUGUUUGGGACGCUUGUGAAGUACUUUAAGGCGGCGGAGGCGGCGGAUGAGGCCUCGGUGGAGCUGUAUAUGCGCUGGGUGGAGACUAUGAAGAUGAGGGGGAAGGCGGCGGCGGCGGUCGAGGUUGCGGAGAGGGCGCUGCUGAAGUACAAGGGGCACAAGGGGCUGCAGAAGGCGAUCAAGAGGAUACAGGCUCAGGAGGAACUGUAA